ACUCAAGACCUGGGCAGAUGCUUUUAAUCCUCUCAAGAACCACAGAUUCAUUCAUAACUGUCAUUUGCGCGUGAGGGCGAGUUUUGCGGUCAGGGAAAUAGCCUUUCUUGCUAAAGAGGUGAAAACUAUUACAGUAUAUAUACUGAGAUCUAAACUCAAGUCCUACACAAUACUCAGGAAUUUCUAGGAGACUUUUUUUUCCUCCUGCUGCUUGGAAUCUCGAGGCGCUCAGUUUGGCUCAGCUGUUUCAAUACAAUUGGGUUAGUUCAAACAAUUCCUCCUUUCUGUCCUCAAACAUGUGGUGGAUGCUGUAUCCUCGCUGGAUCUGGUUCGUGGCGGGACAAUUUUUGCUCCUGUUUGUGUACAGGCAGUGCGUGAAAGGCAUGACUUUGCAAAGAGUUGCGUAUUCCCACGCAGGAAUUUGUCCCAACGACAUGAAUCCAAAUUUGUGGGUUGAUGCAAUGAGCACCUGCACACGAGAAUGUGAAUCUGAUCAGGAAUGUGAAACAUUUGAAAAGUGCUGCGCCAAUGUUUGUGGUAAUCGAAGCUGUGUGGCAGCCCGCUUCACUGAUGCCACUGGAAAAAAAGGCCCCAUGGGUAUACCUAAGGAAGCAACCUGCGACAAGUUCAUGUGCACUCAGCAAGGCUCAGUGUGUGACAUCUGGGACGGCCAGCCUGUGUGCAAGUGCCAUGACCGCUGUGAGAGGGAGCCCCACUUCACCUGUGCCUCUGACGGCAUGACCUAUUACAACAAGUGCUACAUGGAUGCAGAAGCCUGCUCCAAGGGCAUCUCCCUGUCAGUAGUAACAUGCAGGUUCCACCUCACCUGGCCCAACACUAGCUCACAUCUACCUGCAGGCACCACCGCCUUCCCCACGACCAUCCGGCAGCACACCACCCCAUUAGACGUGCAUGCCCCUGUGAUGGUGGGAAGCCCCUUGCAACAGUCUGUUUUGGUUGGUGAUACAGCCAGCUUUCUUUGUGAAGUUGCUGGCCGGCCAAAGCCUGAGAUAACCUGGGAGAAGCAGCUGGAGGGGCAAGACAAUGUGGUCAUGAAACCCAACCAUGUACAUGGAAACGCUGUUGUCACCAACAUCGGCCAGCUGGUCAUCUACAAUGCCCGACUGCAAGAUCAAGGUAUCUAUACCUGCACUGCCACAAACAAAGGUGGCUCCUUCCAAGCUCAUUUUCCACUCUCUGUGGGCCAGAGAGAGAAAGACAUGAAAGCGGAGCAGACCAACACCACACCGUUCCCAGCCAAGGAGUGCUCGAAAUUACCUGACAACGAUGACUGUGGUGAAGAAAAGCUGAGUUGGUUUUAUGACCCUCAGAGGAACAACUGCUUCACUUUUACUUAUGGUAACUGCAACAAAAACCAAAAUCACUUUGACACAUACGAGACAUGCAUGUUAUCUUGUCAGGAAGAGCUUGCUACCCCUUGUCACCAUCCUAGCGACCAGGGGCCUUGCAAGUCAUAUGAACCAAGAUGGGCCUACAGUGCUUCCCUGUACCAGUGCCAACCCUUCAUUUACGGUGGCUGUAAAGGCAACGAGAAUAACUUCAAAACCAAAGAAGCAUGUGAGGACUCCUGUCCGUUUCCAAGAAACCACCAGUGCAAGCCAUGCAAGCCACGACACAAGAUGGUGACCAGUUUCUGUAAAAGUGAUUUUGUCAUUCUGGGACGCAUGACGGAGCUGACGGAGGACCAGGAAUCUGGUCAUGCUCUGAUCACUGUGGAGGAAAUCCUGAAGGAUGAAAAAAUGGGGCUGAGGUUCUUUGGGAAGGAGCCCUUGGAAGUGACAUUGCAGCGCUGGGACUGGGCCUGCCCUUGUCCUAACAUCACCACAGCAGAUGGUCAGGUCAUCAUCAUGGGUGAAGUGAAUAAUGGCAUGGCUGUCCUGCAGCCAGACAGCUUCAUCAGCCUUUCCAGUGUCCGACGUGUCCGUAGGCUCCGUGAGGUCAUCAACAAAAACACCUGUGACAUUUUGAAAGAGUUCAUUCAAUAAGACUUUGCCACAUCCGAAAAUGAAAAUUCUGUCAUCAUUUUAUUACCCUCAUGUUGUUCCUUUCUUUCUUCUGUGUAAUGCAAAUGAUGUUAGGCAGCAUGUUAGCCUCAGUCAUCAUUCAAUUUCAUUGCAUAUUUUUUUUUGUAGAAUUAAAUUGAAUGGUGACAGAGCCUUACUUUCUGCCAGAUAACUUAUUUUAGCCAGAUCUCAUGUAUAUUACUUGAAUGCGGCAACUUUUUUGCAAAAAUGAAAUUACAUGCCUUAUUACACAUUUCAGUGCAGUUUCCCAGUGAAAUUUCCAGCGGAGGGCGCCAAAAGUGAGUGAAAUGGUCUCGUAAUCAGACAAGAUUUUUUAAUUGAAUAUUUGAUGGUGAUUUUAAUGAGUUAAAUGUACCUCCCUAACCUAAAACAUUAACCUAAACCUUACCAAUAGUGAUCUUAAAUCAAAUGAGAGGUAGACACGAAGGAGACAUCCUUACUCUUUACCAAGGCUUUGCCUUAACCCUAACUGAUAGUGUCCAAAAACUAAAUGAGAAAUAAAAAGCACAUUUUCUCAAGCAACCACAUCAUCAUCUCUUGUUGCUUCUAUGACACUUUUGUCUCACAUGUCAGCUUACGUGUUUUGCUGGACUCAAACCGUGGUCUGAGUUCAAAGUCUAACACUCUAUGAUUUAUAACAUUGGAAUAAGUGUGUAAAAGUAGGUGGGUUGCCCUUACUGUAUUCCCAUGUUAAAGAACUCACGUGUGGACAUAGAACCCAUUAAUCAAACCCAUCUGUUAGACUCUCACUUCUCUGACUUCAAAAGGAACUUCAUACCUGCACUAUAAAAUUACAGUAAUACUUUAUGAGUAAUGUACUUUUUGGCACAUUUUUUGUAAUGCUGUCUUAUUUUAUAUUUUUGAUUAAUUUAACUUACACCUUGCUCUCUG